AUUAAUUAUUUAUUUCUUACCUUUUAUAAAUAAUUAACAAUUACCAAGUCAGUGCUCCAACAUGAUCUCCUCUCACUUCCCUCUCUCUGAAUUUUUUCUCCGACCCGAAAGUCAGCGCUGUCCUCUCUCCAUCUCUGUGUGUUGCCUUUGAGUGCCCAGUUGUGGGCUGAGGAUAGCAAGAAAAGCAGAAAAAGAUUUUGAGAGAAUUUGUAGGUGAGAGGCCUCUGUUUUGUCUGUAGUGCUGAUCGUCAGUCAAUGGCUGAGGACUGGGAUCUACAUGCGGUGGUGCGGAGUUGUAAAUCUGCGACUACCAAAAAGACCAUUACUACUACCACCGCCACCGCCGCCGCUGCAGAAGACCCUUUGGCUCGCUUGGCGUCUCUUACUUUUGAGGAUGAAAACGACCCAUUUUCUUUUCCCCAUCUUGCAGAGCCACCAAGAGCCACUGCUUUCCAGGAAUUGCAGGAAUUCUGUAAAUCCUUUUUCCCCACCACUACCGCAACAAGUAGUCAUGGUAUCAAUCCCAAUCCCUCCCUUUCAGAUAUACAAAGACGAAGACAUCCAGUGCGGCUUACUACCACAAGUAGUUCCAUCAGGUCUCAUUUCAAGCCCGGAUCUUCUUCUUCUUCCACUGGUUUUGUGGGAAUCCAAGACCAACAACGGCGGCAACAACAACAGCAGCAAAAUCUUCCAUAUCAACAGCGACAAGUACUCCAUCAACAAGAGUUUCAAAGGCCUCAAGCCAGUCCUGCCAUGUCUUUACCAACCAUGCAAUCUCAGGCCCCCAGAUCAAGAAAAAGGAAGAGCCAGCAGAAGAGAACGGUGUGCCAUGUAACUGCAGCGAAUCUCUCAGCGGAUGUGUGGGCAUGGCGUAAAUACGGACAAAAGCCCAUCAAAGGUUCUCCAUAUCCAAGAAACUACUAUCGGUGCAGCAGCUCAAAAGGGUGUUCGGCAAGAAAACAAGUGGAGCGAAGCAACGUCGACGCCAACAUGUUCAUCGUCACCUACACCGGCGAGCACACCCACCCUCGUCCCACCCACCGGAACUCGCUGGCCGGCAGUACACGCAACAAAUGCUCUGUACCCAAUAAAUCCAUAGACAAAGAUAAUUCCGCAUCACAGAGCACAGCUAAUAUUAAUGGUUCAUGCUCCUCCCCACAGUCAGCAACAAGCCUCUCUCCCACAACACCGCUUACAGUUCAAACAGAUGAAGAAGCAAUUAUUGCCAACAAGAACAGCAACGAAGAAGAGAAUAAGAUCAUGAUUGAUGGGAAUGAUAAAGAGAGCGAGGAAAUGGCGGAUGAUGAUGAUGAUGAUGAGGAUGACGAUGAGAUUCUGAUUCCAAACAUGGCCAUGAGCCAGGACAUCUUCAUGGGGCUGCAAGAGCUCGGCUAUAGUAGUCCUGGUGGGGGCUCCGGGGACAAUUUCUCGGAUGGCGGUGGAGCAAAUUCGGGUUCGUCUUGGCCUCCGUGUUGCUCUGCUGCCGCCAUAGCAACCACCGGAGCCGCCGUGAAUGGCUGCUGAGAUUUGGGGUCAGACGCUCUUCCUUUUUUUUUUUUUUUUUUAUCGCGGGGCAAAGGAAAUUUCUUGUACAGUUUCCCUUCUCGAUCUUUGCCCACCAAAUUAGGUAUAGCAUAGAUAAAAGAUGGAAAGAAUCUCUAUCCAUCCCCAUAGAUUUCU